AUGUCACAAAGUCGCGAAGAUUCCGUUUACUUGGCCAAGCUGGCCGAACAGGCCGAGCGUUACGAGGAAAUGGUUGACAGCAUGAAGGCCGUUGCGUCGUCCGGUCAGGAAUUGUCCGUAGAAGAGCGCAACUUGCUGUCGGUCGCUUACAAAAAUGUGAUUGGUGCUCGUCGUGCCUCUUGGAGAAUCGUGUCAUCUAUCGAACAGAAAGAAGAAGCCAAGGAGAAGUCUGAGCAUCAAGUCAAAUUGAUCCGCAAUUACCGCUCUAAGAUCGAGUCCGAGCUAACCAAGAUCUGUGACGACAUUCUUUCCGUGCUUGACACCCAUUUGAUUCCAUCUGCCACCACCGGUGAGUCGAAGGUUUUCUACUACAAGAUGAAGGGUGACUACCAUCGUUACUUGGCCGAGUUCUCGUCCGGUGAGGUUAGAGACGGUGCCACAAACGCCUCUUUGGAAGCCUACAAGACAGCUUCUGAGAUCGCCACUACAGAAUUGCCUCCUACCCACCCAAUUCGUUUGGGUCUAGCCUUGAACUUCUCUGUGUUCUACUACGAAAUCCAAAAUUCUCCAGACAAAGCUUGCCAUUUGGCCAAGCAAGCCUUCGACGACGCUAUUGCUGAACUAGACACGCUGUCCGAAGAAUCGUACAAAGAUAGCACAUUGAUCAUGCAAUUGUUGAGAGAUAACUUGACUUUGUGGACUUCUGACAUGUCAGAAGCCGGUCAAGAUGAGCAACAACCUGCAGAAGGUGCUCAGGAGUAA